AUGCAGCCAGCUCAGGCUGGGGUCUCCUUUGAGGAGGUGGCCGUGCAUUUCAGCCCGGGGGAGUGGAUCCUGCUGCGCCCAGCCCAGAGAGCUCUCUACAAGGAAGUCAUGCUGGAGAAUUAUGGGAACGUGGCCUCCCUGGGAACUCUGGUUACCAAACCUGACCUCAUAUCCCGGCUGGAAGAAGAGGAAGAGCUGUUUCUUCUGGGCUGUGAUGAAGAGGAGGGAUUGGCAGAAGGAGACAUGUGGCAGUCAGGAAACGAAGCAAGAGAACACUCUUUGAUGGAGGAGGAGGAUACAUAUGCAGAUGUGCAAGAGGAAUUUGCAUGCUUGAAUGCACUGAGGGAGGAAGAGGGGAAACACUCAUCUAAAGGGAGAAGUAAUUCCAGUCUUUUAGAGGGUGACCAG